AUGGCUUUUUUAUCGCUGCCUUCUGAUGUAGUAGAAGAAUUCCUUUUCAAGACUCCUAUUGAAUCGUUGGUACUAUGCAAACCAACCUGCAAACAAUUGUACGCUCUCUGCAACGACAAGAGAUUCAUUUACAAUCACUUGGAUCUCUCCGAGGAACGAUUGAUGCGAAUUUAUCUUGAUAAGAUUAAAAUCAUUAAUCCGGUAACCCUAGAUAUCUUAUGUCUACCAGUACCAGCCGAGUUUGAUUCUGUCACUUUUAAUGUUAUUCAUUGCGAUGGAUUAUUGCUAUGUCGAUGGACCACAAGAGGACUAGAUCGGUACAACAAACUUGCAGUUUGGAAUCCGAUUUCGGGCCAACUCAAAUUUGUUGAAUCCUUUUUUCACGGUGUAACUGAUCUAUACGGUUUCGGAUACGCUAAUAAUGGACCCCGUGACAGUUACAAGAUUUUGAGGGUUAGUUAUUGGCGUAAGGAAUGCGAGAUAUAUGACUUAAAAUCUAAACUCUGGAGAGCUUUUUCCGCUACUUUGGAUUGGGUUGUAAAUACGCCACAACAAAAUGUGUUUAUGAAUGGAAAUAUGUAUUGGAUUGCUGAUACGUUGGGUGAUAAUAUUCGAGAAACCUUCAUACAGAGUUUUGAUUUUUCCAAGGAGACAUUCAAACCCAUAUGUUCGUUCCCCUAUGAGAAUAAGAUUAUUGACACACUUAUAAUGAAUGGUAUACAUAGGAUUGCUGAUUCAGUUAUCCUUUCAAGUUUCAGAGUAGAUAGGCUUUCUUUGUUUCGUCAACAACGCCUUGAAGAUAAAAAAUAUGAGAUGGAGGUUUGGGUCACAAACAAGGUGACUGAUGAGGUUGUCUCAUGGACUAAGUAUUUUAAUGUGACUCACCACCCUGAUCUCCCCAUCUUAAAUCCCUAUCUCUUCACAUACAUGCGUGUUCCUACAUUCUUCAUCCACGAGACCAAUUCUAUCAUGUUAUGGUGCGAUAAAGCUGCUGGAAAGGGUUUUGCUUGUACGAGCUUUUACGAAAUUGGUGAUCAGGGUGAGGUCAAACAUCAACUUGAGACAAGAAAACGUUUUAGAGCUAACGGUGAACGUAACUCUUGUGUUUCCAGCUGUGUUUACGUUCCAAGUCUGGUUCCCAUUCCAGAGUAA